CUGGCGUACUUUCUGGAUUCGCAUUUAGUCAAAUUUGAGAUUUUUUGUAAAUUUUAUUUUUCCUUGAGUUUGUUAUUUUGUUUCUUUAUUUAUUCAUUGUCACAGUAUACUUUUAAUUCAUUAGAAGUAGCAAGAAGUAGCUCUUGAGCCUUAUGACCUGAAUACUUCAAAGAAAAUAUCAAAAUCACCAAACACAGGAAAGAAAUGCCUGCAAAUGUACGACCGAAAUCCUCGAGUAGUAGCACAAGAGGUCCCCUGGUAGCCCCGAUGUCGGAACGUCAACAGAUGGCGCUCCUGAUGCAAAUGACCUCGUCGGGAGAGGGAGGAUCCCGGAGUCCCAGCUCGGGCGGCUCAAAAACCAGAGACCGUAACGAAAGAGGUGAAACCCCCUUGCAUUUAGCGGCCAUUAAAGGCGAUGUAGAACAAGUCUGUAGGUUGCUAGGGAAUCGCGCUGACCCUAACGUAGCGGAUUUUGCCGGCUGGACGCCUCUGCACGAAGCGUGUAACCAUGGAUGGUACGAAGUCGCUUUUCGUUUAGUGCAGGCUGGUGCAAACAUUAAUGCCAAAGGUGGUUUGGAUAACGAUACACCGUUGCACGACGCAGUCAUCAACGGCCAUCUGAAGUUAAUCAAAUUAUUAAUAGAUAAAGGAGCGGACAUCCACGCGAAAAACGCCAAAGGAAAAUCACCCUUAGAGUUGGCGGCGCCCAGCGUACAACCAUUUUUACUCAACACCAAUUUGCCUAUGCCUGAAACGAGUAGUUCCUCAACCAACCGUGUGCCUUUGCGAUCGAGGGAUGAUAAGAAAGUAUCUUCCGGUGGAUCAGGGGAUAAACAGAAAAGCAGCUCUUCCACCUCGUCCAAUAGUAGCUCGGAUAACAUGGACCCCAAAUCUAGUACAACCCCUGAAGAUGUUUACGAAUUCAAAACUGUGAAGGAAUCGGAUUCUUCGUCAGAAAAGAACGUUGAAGGAGGCGAUUCGGAAAUGGAAGCUCCUGAUACCUUGACGACGCCUACGAGUGGCGCAACCGACGAUUCCAAUAAAAGAACUUAUUCAGAAUUCGAGGGAAACGAGGACAGCGAAAAGGAUGAGGAAAAUAAAAAGAAGAAGAAAAGGAAGGAGGAAACCGGAAAGGAAUCGGGGAAGGCCACACAAAGAGGAACUGGGCAAAGCAAGGGCCAAACGGCGAAACAAUCGGCAACCUCUGGUGGUAAAUAUGCAGGAUCGAACUCCGGAAAAACUUCCGGUGUUGCCGCUGAUAAGAAAAGCCCGGACAGUAGUCCUAAGCCAAACCCCACUACUAGUAGCACAAGUGACGCUGAGGCGGAAGGAUCUUCAAAUUCUGCGGACGGUAAAACGGCCGAUCUUAAAGUUCCACCCCUCAAGAUCGUGAUACCGCAAAGUUCAACGAGCGAACAAGAUACGGGAACAAGUAGAAAUGGUAAAAACAACUCUCAAAGGUCAAGUGCAUUACCGUACGUCGUCCCGAGUUCCAACAGUAACGAUGCGGCUGACAAAGAAGCCUCUCCGGCCGCAAAUAGCCCCGAAACUGCCGGAAAUUCGAAGGAAACCGAUAAGAAGGAACCUCCAUCUACUCAAGCAGAUGAACAGACGACUAGCAGUACGGAACCGGAAUCGAGUGCGCCGACUAACACGUCGUCGACUCCCGCCCCAGCACCACCAACUCCCGCUCAGCCCAGCAACGAACUCCAUCCGCGAAAACGCAAAAUGAAACAGAAUCGGGAACAGCAGCAGCAGCAGGCGCAGCAGCAACAGCAGGCGGACAACGCCGAGUCGUCGACGGAGUCGCGCGAGGUGCAUCCCCACGAGCAACCCAUAACGAAUUGCUACAAGUUGUUCAUGAAUAUUAGGAAACAGAUCGAAAAACGCCGUAAAGGUUUAUUCCUAGUACAGCCGAAACCCCCACAGGGUUUCAAGGAUUACUUGAUGAACCGAUGCACAUAUGUCUUAGCUAAUACUUCUCCCACCACCCCGACAAUCAAUUACCCGGUCACCUUACCGUCGCAGAUGAAGGAUUUGUUUGGCGAACAGGAAAAGGAACGCUAUAGAUUGAAAAUGCAGCAUGUAAUAGAAAAGGAAAAACUGGUGCUCUCAGUCGAACAAGAAAUAUUGAGAGUCCACGGUAGAGCUGCCAGAGCUUUGGCUAAUCAGGCUCUUCCCUUUUCUGUGUGCUCGAUACUGAGAGACGAGGAAGUUUAUAAUCUCAUUACACCUGAACAGGAGGAAAAGGAUAGAAAUGCCCGAUCCAGAUACAACGGUCGUCUAUUUUUAAGUUGGCUCCAAGACGUGGACGAUAAAUGGGAGCGCAUAAAGGAGCACAUGCUACUCCGACAUCACCACGAGGCCGAGUCGCUACACGCGGUCCAAAAGAUGAACUGGGAGUGGAAACUGAAGGAGAUGAGCCUGUGCGACAGGAAAUCCACCCCGAAGAUUGAUGAAUUUCAUGUGCCCGAGGUGCAUGUUAGUGAUGAUUUUGAUCUCUUACCUGCCUAAGGUAUUUUUAAGAUAUUUAUUGGAGUUCUAUUAAAGAAAAAGAUGAGAGAUUUUGCUCCUACCUAACAAUCAUUAAUUUCCUGAAGAGAGAAUACAGUUAUGUUAGGAUACUGUGAUUAAUAACACGAUUUGUAAUAAAGUCUUUUUUUUUAAUUUUUUUAUUUAAAAAAAGAGUCUACAUAAAAUGUAUAUCAGGAAUUCAAUAAUUUAAAUGUUAAGAACAAAAAUAUAUGGAUAUAUAAUGUA